CGUUGUCAGAGCCAAAACUAAGAAAUUUGCAACACAUUAUGGCGUCUUCUACUCCUCAGAGACCUACUCCAGCUUCAGUUCCUGAAAAUUCCGCGCCAGCGUUAGUGUCGGAAAGUCCCGCACCAGCUUUAGUUUCUCAAGCUCCCGCAGCAGCACAAAGUCCUAAAUCAGCUUCAACCCCUCAAAGUGUUGCUCCAGCCUCAGGCCCACAAAGUCCCGUACCAACUGCACAAAAGCCAGAGAAAGACUGUAAAAAACCUACGGAGCCUCCUAAAGAAGGAUCUGCUGUAGCAGGAAAGCCGGAAGCUUCCAAAGAACUAUCUAAAGAUGAAAAACCGUCUGAGCAAGCUUCAAGUGAAACUUCAGGUCCCACGCCACCACCACGUAAAGGUAGUGGUCCCAAGAAAGCUGGUGGAAAGGGAAAGAAGUAAAAUAAUCCAUAAUGUUUUUGAAUUAUCAUUCUAUGAUAAAAUACUGCUUUGGAGUGUCUUUAUUUACGAGUAAUUUAAGUUGAACUACUAAACUAUAUUUAAGUAGAUCUUGGUCUUGACCCCAAUAAAUGGCAGAAUAUGGUUUUACUUGCAACUUUAUUUAACCCUCGUCUAGAAAAAUAAGUUAGGUGCACGGGAUUCAUAAGAAGCAUGAUAUUUUGCAUAAGAAACAUAAUAAUAGUCUAUAUUUCCUAUUGUACAGUAACGUUACAGAAAUUGUAUAGCCACUACAAAAUGAAAUGUCGCGUAAAUAUCACCAGUAUACGAGUAGUAGUUUACCUCUGAUCUUUCUUUCUUUAUAAUGGUGACGUAUCUUACGAGGGUGGUCCGAUAAGUACUUAGCCUCACCGGCCGAUGACGCCACUAUCGCAAGAGAAAUUUACUACCGGGUAGAACAUUCUCGUAGCCGGCUGCUGUCAAAAUUUUAGCCGAAUCGGACUCGUAGUUUUGUUAUGACCGCGUGCGGAAGCGGACGAAUCUUGUUUUUGGAAGGGAAAUCGCGCAGCGAAAUGAAAGAGCGCUUGCGUACGGUGACUCUUGUCCUUCGAUGGCGACCGUCAGAAAUUGGUUUAACGAGUUUCAACGUGGCCGUGUGUCGGUCAUAACCGUCGUGAAGCAUUGGGCAUGAUAAAGCUGUCUGCGCGAUGGGUGCCGCGUUUGCUCACUCUGGACAAUAGGCGCAACCGUGAGACCACUUCAGAGCAGUCUUUAACGUUGUUUAAGCGCAAUCCAAAGGAGUUUCUGCCUCGUUUCGUGGCCGUCGACAAAACAUGGAUCCACUGGUACACACCAGAGACCAAGGAACAGUCAAAACAUUGGACUUCAGCCGGCGAACGUGCUCCGAGGAAGGCGAAUACUGUCCGAUCGGCCGGAAAGGUGACUGUUAGCGUGUUCUGAUUCACAUGGUGUGAUCUACAUCGACUACCUGGAGAAGGGCAAAACGGUCACAGGGCUCUACUAUGCCGAAUUAUUGGGCCGAUUCAACGCCGAAUUGCUGAAAAAAUGUCCCCAUUUGACGAAAAAGAAAUGUUCUUACACCAAGACAACGCACCGGCUCGCAGCUCCGCCACGGCUAAAUUGGUCGAUUUAGGCUACGAACUGCUGCCCCAUCCACAGUAUUUUCCAGAUUUGGCCCCGUGCGACUUCUUUUUUUGUUUCCAAACUUGAAAAAGUCACUCGCCGGGCAGAAAUUUGAAUCGAAUGAGGGGGUUAUCGCCGCCACGGAGGCCUACUUUGCAUACCUCCAGAAAAUUAUUUUUCAGGCGGAUUAAAGAAGUUUGAGUGUCGCUGGGUCAAAUGUAUCGAUCUGAAAGGAGACUGUGUUGAGAAAUAAAUUGCUACUUUUCCAAAAUUGUUGUAUUUGUUUUGUAGGCUAAGUACUUAUCGGACCGCCCUCGUAAAACAGCUACCAUCUAUGGUGUAAGGCUCUGACUGUAUUAGAAAUGACAUAAUGGUUGUUGUACAUUUACAUGAACUGUUUGUUUUUAAUUUGAUACACACACGUAAAUAAGGCUUUUUUCUGUGGAAGAUAACCUAUGUAUGGAUAAUUAGUAUUGACUGUUCGAGUGUCAUAAGCAGUUUGCACCUCAAGCUCGAAUAAAUUUUUAUUUUUGAAAAAAUAGAUAUA